GAAAAUUCAGGAAAACGGAAUGCUGGAAUCACAGACCGGUUUGGGGUGGAAAGGGCCGUGGAGAUCACCUGGGUCAUGGCUGGGACACCAAGCACUCCCCAGGGUGCUCCAGGCACUGUUGGAAGAGCACGGGCGGGCCAGCAGUGAUGCCCUUGGUGGCCACUGGUGUGUACUGAAGUGAUCAAGUGCACAGGGAUGGUUUUUGAGGCGCUUCGUGAGCGUUUUGGUUCAUUCUUUGUCUCAGAUUGGGAAACAGAGCCCUCUGCAAGUUGGUGUCAUCAGGGAAACUCGCAGCUCUGCUCCUCCUCCCUCCUUGGUGCAGCCUCAGCCCCUCGCCUGCUCCCAGCAGGCUCCUCCUCUCUCCAAAAACGAGAGCACAUCUUUUGAUUUGGCAGCCUGAGCCGUGCAGCUGAGGAAGCAGCGUGUGGAGCACAUGAAAGGACACAAACUCACACUGCCCCAGCCCCUGCAGAUGCUGACACGCAGCUGGGGAGUGUCCCGCUGAUCCAGGGGGGGGGUUUGGAUGUAACACUCCCUGAUUUUUCCCACUCCUGUUUAGAGAUGGCAUCCGACGUUUCCUCACUGGCUGCAGCCGUGGGCUCCGGGAGCUCCGGGUCGGGAGCCCAGGCGGGAGGAGCCGCUGCUCAGAGGCCCAGCAAGAGACGGCCUGGGCUCGAUUUUGAUGAUGAUGGAGAAGGGAACAGUAAAUUCCUCAGAUGUGAUGAUGACCCGAUGCCAAACGAUAAAGAGAGAUUUGCCAGGUCUGAUGAUGAGCAGAGUUCAGCGGAUAAGGAGAGACUUGCCAGGGAGAACCACAGCGAGAUCGAGCGCAGGAGGAGGAACAAGAUGACUGCCUACAUCACGGAGCUGUCGGACAUGGUGCCCACGUGCAGCGCCCUGGCCCGCAAGCCGGACAAGCUGACCAUCCUGCGCAUGGCCGUGUCCCACAUGAAAUCCCUGCGUGGCACCGGCAACACCUCCACGGACGGCACCUACAAACCCUCCUUCCUCACCGACCAGGAACUCAAACACCUGAUCCUGGAGGCAGCCGAUGGCUUCCUGUUCAUCGUGUCCUGCGAGACGGGCCGCGUGGUGUACGUGUCGGACUCGGUGACGCCGGUGCUGAACCAGCCGCAGUCCGAGUGGUUCGGCAGCACCUUGUACGAGCAGGUGCACCCCGACGACGUGGGCAAGCUGCGGGAGCAGCUCUCCACCUCCGAGAACGCCCUCACAGAGGGAACCAAGCCCUGGUGCCUUUCUACCAAGGAUGCUGCAGCCCCCCCCGAGAGUGCAUCUAAAGGUCGUAUCCUGGAUUUGAAGACAGGGACUGUGAAGAAGGAAGGGCAGCAGUCCAUGAGGAUGUGCAUGGGCUCCCGGAGAUCUUUCAUCUGCCGAAUGAGGUGUGGCAACAGCUCUGUGGAUCCAGUCGCUGUCAAUCGUCUCAGCUUCAUGAGGAACCGCUGCAGGAAUGGUUUAGGUGCAGCCAAGGAUGGAGAACCUCACUACGUCGUCGUGCACUGCACGGGCUACAUCAAAGCCUGGCCCCCAGCAGGUGUUUCCCUGCCUGACGAUGACCCCGACGCUGGCCAGGGCAGCAAAUUCUGCCUCGUGGCCAUUGGCAGGCUCCAGGUGACCAGCUCCCCCAACUGCACGGACAUGAACAAUGUCUGCCAGCCCACAGAAUUCAUCUCCCGACACAACACCGAAGGGAUUUUCACCUUCAUCGACCACCGCUGCGUGGCCACCGUGGGUUACCAGCCCCAGGAACUUUUGGGGAAAGACAUUGUGGAUUUCUGCCAUCCAGAAGACCAACAGCUCUUACGGGACAGUUUUCAACAGGUGGUGAAGUUAAAAGGCCAGGUUCUGUCAGUCAUGUUCCGCUUCCGAUCCAAAAACCGGGAGUGGCUGUGGAUGAGAACCAGCUCGUUCACCUUCCAGAACCCCUACUCAGAUGAGAUUGAGUACAUCAUCUGCACCAACACCAACGUCAAGAACUCGAGCCAGGAGUCCCGGCCUGCCCUGGCAAACUCCAUGCCAAGGCCUCAGCUGGGGCAGAGCGUCAGCCUUCCCCUGGACAUGGGCACGGCCCCACUGCCUUCAAGGCAGCAGCAGCCACCCCAGGCAGAGCUGGAAGUGGGCCCAGGAAGGGAGAGCUUGGCUGGGUACGAGCACUCACAGGUGCCCGUCCAGCCCGUGAGCGCUGCCGGCCCCGAGCACAGCAAGCCCCUGGACAAGGCUGAGAGCCUGUUCAGCCAGGAGCGGGACCCUCGCUUCGGGGAGAUCUUCCCUGGCAUCAGCACAGAUGAGAGCAAAGCCAUCCCUGCCAGCACCAUGCCAGCCAACCCGCCCCUCUUCGCCCAGGGAAACACCUUCACUGCUGCACGGCCUGCUGAGAACUUCAGGAGCAGCAGCAUGGUCCCUCCAGUGAACAUCAUCCAGCAGCAGCCCUCGCCCGCCGGCCGGAUCCUAUCCCAGAUUUCCCGGCACUCCAGCCCAGCUCAGGUCAGCGGGACCACCUGGGCUCCAGGGACACGGCCGGUGUUCACACCCCAGCAAGUGGCAUCCCAGACAGUGAAGACCCGGGCGCCUUCCUUUGGCAUGGGGACAUUCCAGGGCACGCCGUCCUCCUUCAGCCCCAUGGCCCCACCGGGAUCGACGGCGUCUCCCACCACGGCUCCGUACCCGGGCCUGGCCAGCCGUGGCACAGGCUUCAGCACGGAGGCAGCUCAGACCCCGGCCCCGUUCCAGCCCCGCGCCGCCGACGCCGUGGGGAUGUGGCCACAGUGGCAAGGACAGCACCACGGCCCAGGAUCCGGGGAGCAGAACCUGCAGCAGCCCCAGCCCAGCCAGCCCGAGGUCUUCCCAGACAUGCUGACCAUGCUGGGCGACCAAGGGCCCAACUACAACAACGAAGAAUUCCCAGAGUUGAAUAUAUUCCCUUCUUUUUCCGAGUAAAACAAGCCUUAGGGAAAACAACUUACAGCUCUCUACAAUAUCCACAUGUAAAGGAAAACAGCCAAGUCUUUCUCAAGGAACUGUCUAAACACUUCCCACCUUCUGGAAGCAGAGCUCCAAGGAGGGAUGGCCGUGGAGGACGAGGUGGUUUGGACACCUCCUCCAUGUGGGAUUGUUCUGGAAGCUUCAGGAACUGAGUGCCACGAGGCCCCCGUGUUCCCAGAGCCGCUCCCAAGUGGAUUUCUUUGGGAGGAAUUCCUGUCUGGAUCACAGACAGCCCUUCCAAACUUUUAAGGUGGCUUUGACCCGUUUUUAUUUCAUUCUCUGCCGUGACUUUUUCUAUAAAACACAAACUAUUGGAAUUUUUAAAUACUGGAAGAAACUCUUCCAAGUGUUAUCCCUGUAAACACAAUCCUGGAGGAUGCUUGAGUAAGAAUCCGUGUCCUAAGCCAGUGUUUUCCUCCUUUUUGGAGGAAUUUUGGCUGUUUUUGGAGGGUUGUUAUGGCAUCUCCAGUCCAGGGUGCUCCACGUGGAGAUUCCCUUGUUUGUUUGGAAUCUUCUCUCUCCUGUGAACUGUGCAAUGAAAUCAGUGUGACCCAUGACCCCCUGUUACCCCGGGAUAAUUAACAAGCCAUAAAAAUAUUACCCAUGUAGCUUUAUUCGGGAUGAAUCCAUUUUCCAGCUGAUGGUUUCUGUGCUGCCACAAAUCGAUGUUUCAACAGGUUUUUUUGGGAUAA